AUGAGAAUUGCAUUUAUUCACCCAGAUCUGGGUAUUGGUGGGGCUGAAAGAUUAGUUGUUGAUGCUGCUCUAGGUUUACAAAAUGAAGGUCAUAAAGUUCAAAUAUUCACAUCUCACUGUGAUAAGUCUCAUUGUUUCGAAGAAGUUAAAAAUGAGACUUUGAAGACUAAAGUUUAUGGUGAUUUCUUACCAACUAAUUUCUUACAAAAAUUCAAAAUUUUAUUUGCAUGUUUAAGACAACUGUUUUUAGUUAUUAUGUUGGUUAUAUCUGGUGAAAUUUCUGAAUAUGAUUAUUUCAUUGUGGACCAAUUGAGUAUAUGCUUACCAAUCUUACAUCUUUUCCAAGAAAAACGUUCCAAAACAUUAUUCUAUUGUCAUUUCCCAGAUCAAUUAUUAGCUAAACGUACUGGAUUGAUCAGAAAGAUUUAUAGAUUACCAUUUGAUUUGAUUGAACAAUUCACAAUGAGUACAGCUGAUAGUAUUGUUGUUAAUUCAGGUUUCACUAAAACUGUUUAUGACAAGACUUUCACAAUGAUUAAAGAUUUCAAUGUUCCUGAUGUUAUUUAUCCAUGUGUUGAUUUAUCAAAAGAAACAAUCACUAAAGAAACCCAAGAUGUUUUCAAUGAUAUAGUUGGUGAAAAGACUGAAUAUUUCCUAAGUAUUAAUAGAUUUGAAAAAAAGAAAAAUAUUGAAUUGGCUAUUAAAUCUUACAAGAAAUUUCUUGAAAAAAAUUCAAAUUCUCAAGUUAAAUUAAUCGUUGCAGGUGGAUAUGACCAUAAAGUUGAAGAAAAUAAACAAUAUUUAGCACAUUUAGAAAAAUUAUCUGCAGAUUUAAACCUUGAAACAUUAACAAUUUUCAAUAAUGAAUAUUCAAAAUACUCCAAUCUAUCCAAAAAUUAUAAUAUAAUCUUUUUACCAUCAAUUUCAUCAAAUCUAAAAGAAUUAUUGUUAUCACAAACAAAAUUGUUAAUUUAUACCCCAUCAUUUGAACAUUUUGGUAUUGUUCCAUUGGAAGCUAUGAAAUUUGGAGUUCCAGUAAUAGCAGUUAAUAACGGAGGUCCUAUUGAAUCUAUAAUCUCUAUUGAUGAGAAUCCUGAAUUAGGAACAGGUUGGUUAGAACCAAGUGAUCCAAUCACAUGGAGUGAGAAAUUAUCAAAAUCUUUGGAGAUCCCUAAAUCAAAAUUAAUUAAAAAUGGUUCAAUUCAAUUAAAUUCAAAAUUUUCAUUAAAAGUGAUGACUGAAUCUUUUGAAAAAAAUAUGUUGAAAACUUUGAAAAAACCAAGAGAAAAAUAUACUUGGGAAACUGGAAUGAUGUUGUGGAAAUUACCAGUUUUUUUCAUAUUGAGAAAAUAUUUUGGUAUGUUUCAAUUUGUUGCACUUGUUGCUCUUGUUGGGUUUUAUAAAUUGAGACCUGAUUAUUUCCAAUAUUACACUUGA